UCUUAUAAAGAUUUUUUUACUUAAGACUUAUUUUUAUCUUAUUUUUUUCUUGAUGGAGAAUGAUGUGCUUAAUGAAAAUGAAAAAGCACGUUUGCGCCGUAAAGCUAGAAAAGAAAGGAUUUUAGGGCAUGAAACAGAACGUUUAUCAAAGAUUGCUAGAGUUUUGUAUUCAGAUUCAUCUUUUGAUCAGAAAAAAUCAUUUAGUUCUAAUGAAAUAUCAUCUAAAAUAAAAGAAUCUAAGGAAACAAAUUCUUUUGCAUUUGAAACAUUAAGUGACCAGAAAAAAUCGACAUAUUCUAGAGAUAAUUCAUCUUUUGGACCAAAUGAGCAUGAAUCAUUACAUUUUUUUGAUGAAAAAGAUAAUUUAUUUGAAAACUAUCAGGAUAAAAUUUUAUCUACUUCUAUUUCUUUUUUAAGGGAUAUCUUUUUUAAUGGAACUAAUUCGACACAAUCUAAUGAACCAAAUUCCUUGACAUAUCCUAUUACAUUAAAUGCUAGUGAAAAAUGGAGACAAUGGAUUCAUUUUGUUUCAACUAUGGCGCUUUUACUUAAAGUUGUAUUGGGACAUACAAAGUUUUUAGGCACGAUUCAGGAUCGUCUUACCUAUUCUAUGGAACAACCAGUUUUUUAUUAUUUUAUGAUGAUUCAAUGGAUUUUACAUUCUAUUUGGCUUCUACUUCAAACGACUUAUUCUCAUCCUCCUAAUUGGUUUUUUUUAGAUCCUUAUCUUUCACCUUCUAUAAAAUCAUAUUUAGCUAUCCUUUCUCGUUUCUAUUUGGUUUACAAAACAUGCAUACGUGACAUUUGUCUUAUUGUAUUUGUUCUUGGCUCUGUUGCUGCCUGGAAUCAAUUAUUUUCCCACUCUUAAUUAAAUAUCUUUUCUUUUCAAAAAUAUACACAAAUCUUAUCUAUUUUUCGUUUUUUUCAUUAAUUGUCUAUCUCAACCUUUCAAAUUGCUCUUUUCUAUAAAUUCAUUCAUUUCUUCUUUUCCUACUGCUACUGCUUUUGUUUUCUCUAUAAACUCUCGACAGAUAUCUAACGCAUGUUUAUGCUUCAUAUCAAGCUCUAUGUCACCCGAUUCUGCAUAUUUAAGAUGAUAAUCAUAUAUACCUAAACCUACUCUGGUGGAUCUUUAACUUUGCUUCUUUUUCCUUAUGACUCCGACAAACUUGAAUAUGCAAAUAUGGAUUAUGAAACUGAAUACUUGGCAGA